CACCGCAGCGUCUCCUGGUGGCGGCGACUCUGGCGAAGUGCCCCGCGUGAAUUGGAGGAAGUUCCGCUCUCAGAGCAGGCAGCCAAUCCCUGGUCGAGUGGCUUUGCAUCCUCCACCGAAGAUGGCGCAGACGACACCGGCGCCGCCGGCAGUCAGCAUGAAUCUCUCCAGUGGGAUCUGGGGGCCGUGCCUGCCCGUUCCAACUUGGGGACCUCUGUGCCCCCGCCGGAUAGCAGUACCGCCAACUCCGGUUCGCUGGCGAUAUCCGAAUUCUACAACGGACCCCUCGUCGAAGUCAGUGAUCUCCAGCGCAUCUAUGCCGUGGGGGAUCAGUCUGUACAUGCCCUGCGCGGCAUCGAUCUCGUCGUUCCCCGGCGCUGCUUCGCGCUCUUCCGCGGCCGGUCAGGCUCCGGCAAAACGACUUUGCUCAACCUGAUCGGCAGCCUGGACACGCCAACCGCAGGCCGCGUCUCUCUGUUUGGCCAGGAUAUCAACCUGUUGUCCGCCGAUGAAUGCGCCCAGAUCCGGCAACUGUACAUCGGCUUCGUCUUUCAGGCCUUUUCCCUCAUUCCUACCCUGUCGGCUCAGGAAAAUGUCGAGAUGACCCUGCGUAUCUUGCAAGUUUCGCCUGCGGAGCGCCGACGGAGAGCCGCCUACUGUCUUUCACUGGUUGGGCUUGGCCGCUGGGCCGACCAUCGACCGUUUGAAAUGUCAGGCGGCCAACAGCAGCGUCUCUCGAUCGCCCGUGCCCUGGCGCACGGCCCGGCCAUGCUGAUCGCUGACGAACCGACCAGUGAUCUGGACAGCGAAACCGGCCGUCAAAUUCUUCAGCUGUUCGCCCAGUUGGUGGAAGAGGAAGGCAUCACCGUACUGAUGGCCAGCCAUGACCCGGCCAGUGAUGAUUUUGCCACCGAAGUAUACGAGCUGCAGGAUGGCAGUAUAGCCAAUCGCGUCAGCAACGGCCGAUCGAACUAG